UCGCCAGGAAUCCGAUGUGCUCCAGAUCGAACGAGGAAUACGCGUGUGGAUCCGCGUGUCAACGUACUUGCGCCACUCUGGAUCAACCUUGCCCUAUUCAGAAUAUCAGAUGCAACGAUGGCUGUUACUGCAAAGAUGGCUACGCCAGGAACACGAAUGAUGUCUGCAUUCCCAUAAAAGACUGUCAAAACUGAACGCAGAUCCAAGUACACUCGAAUUCCAUUAGCUUUCACUAUUAGCAUAUAUAAUAACUCUGCAAAUGGACGCGCACAAACUGCCUACCAAAACUUUGAUUAUCUCGUAUUUCAUAAAACUUAAGAAUUCGAAUUGAAGGUAUUGUUAAGGCAGAAAAUUACUUUUUCUUAUUAAUCGUUAUAUUAAUAAAUUAUAGAAAAAUGAAAAUGAAAA